AUGUCUGCCCAGGAGGCUACCAAAGACAAAGCCUCCCAUAAUCGGGUCUCUGUUUUUCCUAGGUCCGGCAACCUUUUGAAGCGGCCUCUGGAGCCUGAAUCGACAGUCCAAGGAACAAAACAAGGUGCGCCAAAACUCCAGAAGCAGCGUCCAUGGGCUUUCAAUGCACUGCCAAGGACAGCUUGUAACCCUUGGAGUCGAUAUCAGAAGAGCUUUAAGAUGAACCAGGCAGGACGCGGGUGGGUUGUUUAUAACAACACAUUCUCCGAGGCUAUUAUUAAAGAGGUGAAAACCACCAGUAAAGAUCUAGCAAGACUGAUCACAAGCCCUCACAAAAAUAUUGUUGAACUUCAGGAGGCUAUAUAUCAUGAGGGUGCCAUAUUUCUGGUCUACGAGAUCAUGGAUAUUUCAUUGAGUCAAAUUUUCAGCUCACCCCUUGGUCGCCUUCAGCUUUUCGAAGUGGCUGCCUUUUCACGGGAGAUUUUGACAGGCCUCGAGCAUAUUCACAAACAUCUGAAGAUAGCCCAUGGAGAUAUAUCCUCGAGCUCUAUCCUUCUCUCAGUAACGGGUGCGGUCAAGAUAGGUAUGCUGUCAUGA